AUGCCGUUCCUUCGCCAGUCCAAGUCCCAGCCCCUGUGGCCCCGGACUGCGUUUACAGCUCUCCUCGCAGUGAGCUCCGUCGCCAACGCCUUGGCCGUUCCCCGCCAGAUCAAGUCAUCUCAGCUGCUCCAAAGCUACGACUAUGUUGUUGUCGGAGGUGGAACGGCCGGCCUGACCCUGGCAGACCGUUUGACUGAGGACCCCGAAACGAGCGUCUUGGUCCUCGAGGCCGGCAACUGGGGCAACAUGGAAGAGAAUCUUGCGGCUUACUUCACCGAGUCGCGAUAUGCCAACCUCAUGAACUCCCUUUGGCCCGGCGUGGAGUCUGUGCCGCAGCCCAACUUGAACGGAAGAGUUGGCACCGUCUGGAUUGCCAAGCAAGUCGGAGGCGGCUCUUCCGUGAACGCCAUGAUGAACAUGCGCGGUUCCGCCGAGGACUACGACCGCUGGGCAACCCUGUUCGGAUCCGAAGCCCAGCAGGGAGUCGCUGACUGGAGCUGGGAUGGCAUGUUGAAGUCCUUCAAGAAGGGCCUCCACUUUACCGAGCCCACUCCCGAGCUGACCGACAACUUCGACAGCUUCAAGUACGAUGCCUCCUACUGGGGUGAUUCUUCGGAGAUCUAUGCUGGCUGGCCUCGCUUCUACUAUCCCGGCGUGAAGCCUCUGGUGGAAGCGUUCAAGGAGAUCGACGGCGUUGAGUUCCCUCCCGACAGUGGUGCCGGACAGCCCGGUGUCUUCUGGUUCCCCACGCUGAUGGACCCCCGGACUGUCACUCGCUCCUAUGCUGGCACCGGCCACUACCUCAGCGUCAACGCUACCCGCCCCAACUACCACCUUCUGCUCGACACCCAGGCUCGCAAGCUGGUGGUCGACGACGACCUCACUGCCACCGGCGUCGUGUUCCCGUCCAGCAACAACACCCUGAUCACCGUCAAUGCGAAGAAGGAGGUCAUUCUCUCUGCUGGUACCGUUCACACGCCUCACCUCUUGCAGCUCAGCGGUAUCGGCCCCAAGAAGGUUCUUGAGGCCGGAGGCAUUGAUGUCCGCGUCGAUCUUCCUGGUGUUGGCCAGAACUUCCAGGACCACAGCAGUUUGUCUGCUAUGAACAUUACGCUGUCUAAGCUCGCAUCAAUUCACCCGAACCCGAGUGACCUGGUCGAUGGCAACGAGUUCAAGGACUGGGCUGAAGAAGUUUGGGCAGCCAACAAGACUGGCCCGUACUCUCUCACCUUCACCAACCUGGCUGGCUGGCUCCCCUUCACCGUCGUGUCUGGAAAGGCCGACGAGCUCGCCACCAAGUUGGAACAACAAGACUUCGCUAGCCUGCUCCCUGCCGACGCCGACUCCACCGUCGUCGCCGGUUUCGCGGCGCAGAUGAAGAUCCUGGCCACCCAGAUGCGCUCCAAGAACACCGCCUUCACCCGCAUGCAGCUCGUCCCUGACCACGGCUCCCAGGGCCCCGUCGCGAUGCAGUCCUUCAGCCGCGGCACCAUCAACAUCAACACGACCGACCCGUGGAACACCGAGCCCGUGAUCGACUACCGCGCCCUCAGCAACCCCGUCGAGGCCGACUUCUUCGUCGAGGCGAUCAAGUUCCUCCGCCGCUACAACUUCGAGACCUCGCUGGCCACCGAGUACGAGCCUGUCGAGUACGCCCCUGGCCCGGAUGUCACUUCCGACGAGGACCUGAAGGCCUACAUCGCCGGUGCUCUGUCGCCCACCGACUACCACCCCGUGGGCACUUCGUCCAUGCUUCCUCUGGAGUUGGGUGGUGUCGUUGACCAAACUCUCCGCGUUUACGGAGUCAAGAACCUCAGAGUCGUUGACGCCAGUGUUAUGCCCAUGGUUCCGAGUGCCAACACUUGCCAGCCCACUUAUGCCCUGGCCGAGAAGGCCGCGGAGAUCAUUAAGCAGGGUAUCUAA